GGGCUUGCGCGUCCCCGAGGUCCAGUGUGCGGAGAAGUCGCCGCCUCCGUCAGCUCGGUGCCGCCGGUGGAUCGCCGGGAGCUGCUGCGCGUCGUAUGGAGCGCGCCGGUGCUUACUGCGCCGGGCGGGAAUUUCUGACCGGUGGACACUUACUGGGUGUGGAGGAAACGUCCCGGAGCUUCGCGAGGUGUCUACGCUGCCCGUUUUCCUCAGCAUGAAGGACAGCGGUUUGUAGGGACGCCGUGUGGCCUGUUGUUCUCGGAGCCUGGCAUGAGGACCGUCUGCGCCCCGAUCUGCGCGUGUGUGAAGUCCAGGGACCUGCCACCCUCUAGACCUAGGGAACCGUAGGGACUGGGAGCGGGGUUUCAAGUCGGCGGGCCUCGGGAAUUUGAGCACUGCCCAGAGAGCAUCGGUCGGACUCCUCCUAUGGUGUCCACAGGUAAUUUGGCACUAUGGGGAUACACGGACUACUGCAGUUCAUCAAGGAAGCUUCUGAGCCCGUACACGUGAAAAAGUAUAAGGGACGGGUGGUGGCUGUGGACACGUACUGUUGGCUUCACAAAGGGGCCAUUGCUUGUGCUGAAAAACUAGCCAAAGGUGAACCUACCGAUAGAUAUGUAGGAUUUUGUAUGAAAUUUGUAAAUAUGUUAUUGUCUAAUGGAGUCAAGCCUAUUCUUGUAUUUGAUGGAUGUACUUUACCUUCUAAGAAGGAAGUGGAGAGAUCAAGGAGAGAAAGACGGCAAACGAAUCUUCUUAAGGGGAAGCAGCUUCUUCGAGAGGGGAAAGUCUCUGAAGCCCGGGAAUGCUUCACCCGCUCUGUCAACAUCACGCAUGCCAUGGCCCACAAAGUCAUUAAAGCUGCCCGGGCUCAGGGAGUGGAUUGCCUUGUGGCGCCAUAUGAAGCUGAUGCUCAGCUGGCCUAUCUUAACAAAGCUGGUAUUGUCCAGGCCGUCAUCACAGAGGACUCUGAUCUGCUCGCGUUUGGCUGUAAGAAGGUUAUUUUAAAAAUGGACCAGUUUGGAAAUGGACUAGAGAUUGACCAGGCUCGGCUGGGAAUGUGCAAGCAGCUCGGGGAUGUGUUCACGGAAGAGAAGUUCCGCUACAUGUGUAUUCUCUCAGGCUGUGACUACCUCUCCUCCCUGCGUGGGAUUGGGCUAGCAAAGGCAUGCAAAGUACUAAGACUGGCCAACAACCCAGAUAUUGUAAAGGUUAUCAAGAAAAUUGGACAUUAUCUCAAGAUGAAUAUAACAGUACCGGAGGAUUAUAUCAAAGGAUUUAUUCGUGCCAACAAUACUUUCCUUUAUCAACUGGUGUUUGAUCCUGUCAAAAGGAAACUGGUCCCUCUGAAUGCCUAUGAAGAUGACGUAGAUCCUGAAACACUCACUUACGCUGGGCGGUAUAUUGACGACUCGCUAGCCCUGCAGAUAGCGCUUGGAAAUAGAGACAUAAACACUAAUGAGCAGAUCGAUGACUACAGUCCAGACACUGCCAUGCCUGCCCCCACCAGAAGUCAUGGUUGGGAUGACAAAGCCUGUCAGAAGUCAUCUGCUGCCAGUAGCAUUUGGCAUAGGAGUUGCUGCCCUGGACUUGACUUGAAUACUGUUCCACAUGCUUCACAGCUGAAGGAAAAUCCAAGUCCUGUGAGCUUUAAACAAAGGAUUGGUGCUAAGGGAUUACGUCUUCCCGGGAAAUCUUCUGUGGUGAAGAGACCAAGAAGUGAAGAGCUGUCAGAAGAUGAUCUGAUGAAUCAGUAUUCUCUUUCAUUCACAAAGAAGAUGAAAAAUAGCUGUGGGAAUAAUCAGUCACUGAGCCCUUCUGAAGUGUUUGCACCCAGCCAGGAUGAUAGGAACACUCGUGUGACAAAUAUAAGCAAGCCACCUACAACAAGAAAUAAGUUUGCAACAUUUUUACAGAGGAAGAAUGAAGAGAGUGGAGCGGUCGUGGUUCCGGGAACCAGAAGCAGGUUCUUCUGCAGUCCUCCGGGCUUUGCCGACUGUGUGUCACAGGAAGCCAGCAGCCGGCCUGUGGAAGAGACUGCUGUCACCUGUGACGCCACCCAUCUCAGUGAGUCAGGUUGUUCCGACAAAGAAGGCCAGAAGCUGGUGGACACAAAUGUCACGGGCAGGUCGGGUGAUGAGAUCUCAGGUGACAUGAGGGAGCGUGCGGAUGACGAGGCUCCAUCUUGUAAGAACAGCAGGCUCUCGGGGACACCGCCCCCACCGGCUCUGGGAGCACGGCGGAAUUGCUUCAGUUGGUCGGGGGGUCUUGGCGGGCUCUUGAGAACCCCGAGCCCCUCUGCCAGCGCAGCCCUGCAGCAGUUCCGAAGGAGGAGCGACGAGAGCGGCACGGAGCCCCAGGGUGCGGCCGGGGAAGAGUCGCCCCUGCUGGAUGCGGACUGGCCGUCGCUGUCCCAGGGCAGCGUAGACUCGUCCACACUUUCCCAGCCGUCCAGCCAGGACUCCCACUCAGACUCAGAGGAAUCUGAUUGUAAUAAGUCACUUGACAGCCAAGGUAAUCAGAACGCCAAGCAACAUUUAUCUCAGUUUUCAAAUGACUCACUUGUGAGAAAAAAGGUACCCGGGCUGUAUAAAUCCACUUCUGUGAACUCUCUUUCUACAACCAAGAUCAAGCCCCUGGCGCCUGCCAGAGUCAGUGGCCUGAGCAGAAAAACAGCCAGCAUCCCAAAGAGGAACCACCACAAUGCUGAGAACAAGCCGGGGCUGCAGGUGAAGAUCAGUGACCUCUGGAAAAACUUCGGAUAUAGAAAAGAUUCUGAAAAGCUUCCUCCUUGUAAGAAGCCCCUGUCUCCAGUCAAGGACAACAUCCAACUCACUCCUGAAGCAGAAGAGGAGAUAUUUAACAAGCCUGAGUGUGCACGUGCUCAGAGAGCAAUAUUCCAAUGAGUGCAGUCUGUGGCCUCAAGAAAAUCUUAUCAAUUUGAAAGAUUUAUUCUCAGUGGCAUUUUAAAAAUGGAAUCUCUUUUGUAUAUUAAUUAUGUAAUUUUCUUCUGCUCAGCUCUUUAUAUUUUCAUAAAAAGCUAGGAAAAUUUUAAUGUUUUAAAAUUAAUUGAUCAAUU